CACUGCGUCUCUUUUCCUCUCUGUCACCAUGAUGUCUAUGAACAGCAAGCAGGCUUUCAGCAUGCACCCCAUCCUGCACGAGCCGAAAUACACCCACCUGCACACAAGCUCGGAGGCCAUCAGGAGAGCCUGUCUGCCAGCCCCCCAGAUCCAAGGCAAUAUUUUCGCGGGCUUCGAUGAGACUUUGCUGAGAGGGGCUGAAGCUCUGGCAGCUGUGGAUAUAGUGUCUCAGAAAACCCAUCCCUUCAAACCAGAUGCCACCUACCACACCAUGAGCAGCGUCUCCUGCACGCCUACCUCUUCUUCGGUUCACCUGCACCACCCCUCGGUGCUGACCACCCACCAUCACCACCACCACCACCACCAGCCCUCGCAGGGUUUGGAAGGGGAGCUCCUGGACCACCUCAACUCUGCCAUCCCGCUGGGGGGUGUGCCCGGACCCGAGGUGGGCUCCACGCCCUCCCACCCGCACUCCCAUAUGCCAGCCCUCAACCACAUGGCCCACCACCCUCAGUCCAUGAACAUGUCCCACCCCCACGGCUUGGGCUCCCAUGCUGUCAUCUCAGGCCCCGAGACAGAGACAGACCCCAGGGAGCUGGAGUCCUUUGCUGAGCGGUUCAAGCAGAGGAGGAUCAAACUUGGGGUGACCCAGGCAGACGUGGGCUCCGCCUUGGCCAACCUGAAGAUCCCAGGUGUUGGCUGCUUGAGCCAGAGCACCAUCUGCAGGUUCGAGUCCCUCACCUUGUCCCACAACAACAUGGUGGCCCUGAAGCCCAUUUUGGAGGCUUGGCUGGAGGAGGCUGAGAGGGCUCAAAGAGAGAAAAUGACCAAGCCCGAAAUCUAUACUGGCGGGGACAAGAAACGCAAGCGCACUUCCAUAGCAGCCCCGGAGAAGAGGUCGCUGGAAGCUUAUUUUGCUGUGCAGCCCAGACCUUCCUCGGAGAAAAUCGCAGCCAUUGCAGAGAAGUUAGACUUGAAGAAGAACGUGGUGCGCGUCUGGUUUUGCAACCAAAGACAGAAACAGAAAAGGAUGAAAUUUUCUGCAACCUACUGAGAGCUGGAGAGGGGAUGGGAGGGCAGAGAAAACCAGUGUUCGCCCCCUCCCCCAAACCAGCCCUGGAAUGAUCUGCCUCCCCAGCUCCUAAAUCAGGCAGAUUUUUUUUUUAAGGGAAAACCACUUCUCUCUCCUCUCGAAUCCGUCGUUGUCUCUGCAAAUCAAGG